GCCCGAGCGCGGCGGAUUCAAACCGCGGCUCGAACCGGGACGCGGCAGCCGCGCCCUCCCUCCUUCCUCCUCCAGCUUCCUCUUCCCCCGGACCAGCUGCCACCUUCCCCGGCCCCCGCGGCUGAGACGGUGCGACCAGGACCGGGAAGCGCUGGCGCUGCGCCUGGUAAAACCUGAGGAGAAACGGGCGCUGCCGCCGGGCGCAGCGGGCGGCCUCCAUCCCCUCAGGGAAUCCCGACCCGCCUCGGAGCGUCCUUGGUUCCACGCAGAGUGAUGAUGAAGGAUAUGGUAUCCCCAACCCUGGAAGAUUUAUGCACCCACAUCAAUGAGAAGAUUUCAAAUGUUAAAAAGUGUAUCCUCUUGAGAGACAUCGGCAAAGAUGAAAGCCGCAGGCCUGUGCUUCGUAAAAUACGGAAUGAGGUGAUCCUUAUACAUGAACUGCUGAAUAAAAUGGAAGCUGAAGUUAAACAGCAAGAAAAACUGAGGGAUUUGCUAAAAGGCAUCCAGAAGGCUGCUGAGAGAGAUGAAAAGGAAGCACAGCACCUCCUUGAGCACAUUCCACCCUACCUGCCUAAACCAACCCGGAGCUGUGUCACGGUACCAGCUGUGAAACACGAAGGACAAGCAAAGGCUGUAGAACCCAAGCAUGCAAAGAAACCCGCAAAAGAGACAAAAGUCAUUAAAGAAGCAGCAUUAAUAACCACAAAGGAGUUUGAAGAUAUUCCUAAGUAUUUGAAAGGCCGUAUAACGUAUGAUCAGGUUAACGCAGUUGUUCAACAGAUGAACAAGGCUGUGGUGGACAAGUACAAGAUCUUGUAUCAGCCUUUGAAGUCUAUGAAAGCACCUGUCAGAAAUCUCUACCACAGGUUUGUGGAACAGGAAAAUAAGGAUACAAAAGGAGUAUUUUUUAUUGUGGAGGCUGAUAUCAAGGAGUUCACUCAGCUGAAGGUGGAUAAGCGCUUCCACAGCAUCCUCAGCAUCCUGAGGCACUGCAAGAGAGUGAGGGAGGUUCGCGGCUCAGGGCUCAUCCGCUACGUCAUCU